AUGGCCGCAGCAAAAAGGAGUGGUGAAUCAAACUUUGAAACUCAGAUGGAAACAAGCAAAGAUUGUGACCUUGACAAAGGCAAGGAACAUGAUUUUCUGUUGGAGGGGCAUCAAUGGAAGCCGGUUUUUGAUGAAGCUCCAGUAUCAAAUAGACCUCUUAAGAAGAUCAAGAGCCCUGAACGUAGCCAUCAGCACCGAUCCUCUGCUUUUUCCCCUGAAUUUCAAAUCCCAUCUCCUCCUCCUCCUCCUCGUAGUUCAUCAGACACAUCAACAAUCACUUCUUGUUGUCCUCUUUCUUCAAGAAUAGUCUUUCCUUUUGCUUUUGAUGGGUCUCUGCCUCAGCAGCAGCAGCAGCAACCUAUCCAAUUUCCCCGCCAAUUUCAUAGCACAGGUCUGCAGCCUAAUCAGUUCCCGCCAAAUACACACGUUGUGGAGCAGCAGCAACAACAAAAUCAGCAGCAAAUGAUAUCAUUUGCUUCGCAGCAGCAACACAUGAUAUCUUGGCAGCAACACCAGCAACAGCAAAUGCUUCAGUAUUGGAGUGAUGCUUUGAAUUUGAGUCCAAGAGGAAGGAUGAUGAUGAUGAUGAACAGGCCACCAGCAAUGCCUAUAAGUACCAGUAAGCUUUACAGGGGAGUAAGGCAAAGGCAUUGGGGCAAAUGGGUAGCUGAAAUUCGUCUUCCUCGAAACAGAACUCGCCUCUGGCUCGGCACCUUCGACACAGCUGAAGAUGCUGCCAUGGCUUAUGACCGCGAGGCCUUCAAGUUGAGAGGAGAGAAUGCUAGGCUUAAUUUCCCUGAGCUUUUCCUCAACAAAGAGAAACAUAAUGAUAAUGCUGCAGCUGUUUCAGCAGCUGCGCCGAUUCAACAAGUUUCAAAGCCAUUGAGGUCCCAAGGUAUGCAGCAGCUGAAAAACCUUGAUUUACAGUUACAGGUUCCAAUUUCAGAUAACGAAACAGUUGCACCUCCACCAGCGCCAUAUGCACAGCCCCAGGAAGACGAUGACACUAGCCAUCAACUUGAGGUUGAAAAUCAUGGAGAAAGAGGAGGGAUCAUGUCAGAUGCCCCAACACAAGAAAUGGUUUGGGGAGAAAUGGCAGAGGCUUGGCUGAAUGCAAUUCCACAAGGUUGGGGUCCUGGUAGUCCUGUCUGGGAUGAUUUAGAGUUGGACAUGACUUCCAACAAUCUUGUGCUGCCAUCUCAUGAUCAUAACGGUUUUACCGCCAAUAAUUCGAAUCGGCAUGACUUUCCGCAACAGGAUGACAACUCUUGUUCUGCUUCAUCUUCUUAUCCUAUGCAGCCUUUCUUUUGGAAAGAUCAAGAUUGAAAAUUCCCUUCUCUUCUGCCUUUGCCACCGACAACACCAAACUACCAACUUUUCUCCCCUAAUCACUUUUCACACGUACCUAUGUCUUUCUCAUAUCUUCUAAUCACUAUUAGCCCACCUCUUAUUUCUCCUCCUAUUGGAUCGAGCUCUUUCAAUUUCAAAAUGAUCAUAUACCACCUAUACAUGAUCCUUCCCUUUGCAACUCUGUCAUUUUUUCGUACAAGUUACAAGGGAUGUUCUGACUUUUCAGUUUCCUCCUGCAUGGACACCAUUCUUCCCUUAAUAGAGUAGAAGAAGCCGGAUACUGCUCAAAGGCUGCGUCUUUUUUUGCAGGCCAUUCAGCAAUGGCAACCAGCAGGUUCAUGUGUGUUAUUGUUAGUAUAUUAGGGCAUUAGAGUCAGUAUAUCUAGUUGGACUAGUCUGGACUCUGGACAAGUUAUUUCAUAUUCUGUAUUUAGUACGUGUUUAACCCAUGCCGAGCUUGG